AUGGGGCGGCUGGUCGUGCUGGCCCUGCUGGGGGCCGCUGUGGCCCUUGUCGGGGAGAGGUUGGUGGCGUUUCGAGAGAGAGUGGCUGCCUCUCGGGAAGUGGAACCGGUGGAGCCUCAGAACUGCCGCCUUGUUGAGGGUCUCGAACACGGCUCUGAGGAUGUCGACAUCCUUCCCAGUGGACUGGCUUUCAUCUCCAGCGGAUUAAAAUAUCCAGGCAUGCCAAACUUUGCACCAGAUGAGCCGGGAAGAAUCUUCUUGAUGGACCUGAAUGAGCAAAACCCAAAGGCACAGGCACUCGAUAUCAGUGGUGGAUUCGACAGAGAAUCGUUCAACCCACAUGGGAUCAGCACUUUCAUUGACAAAGACAGGACCGUGUACCUCUACGUUGUGAAUCACCCCCAUGCGCAGUCCACUGUGGAGAUAUUUAAAUUUGAGGAGGAACAGCGUUCUCUGGUGUAUCUGAAAACCAUCAGGCACGAGCUUCUUAAGAGUGUGAAUGACAUUGUGGUGCUUGGACCAGAACAGUUCUAUGCCACCAGAGACCACUAUUUUACCAACUUCUUCUUGGUGCUUCUUGAAAUGAUCUUGAAUCUCCCCUGGACCCAUGUGCUCUUCUACAGCCCAAGGGAGGUCAAAGUGGUGGCUGAAGGGUUUCAUUCUGCCAAUGGGAUCACGGUCUCCCUGGACCAGAAAUAUGUCUACAUAGCCGAUGUCAUGGCAAAGAACAUCCACAUAAUGGAAAAACGUGACAACUGGGAUUUGACUCCGCUGAAGGUACUACCAUUGGGCACCUUAGUGGAUAACCUGACUGUCGAUCCUGCCACGGGAGACAUUUUGGCAGGAUGCCAUCCGAACCCCAUGAAGCUGCUCCUGUAUAACCCUGAGGACCCUCCAGGGUCAGAAGUGCUUUGCAUCCACGACGUCUUGUCGGAGCAGCCCAGGGUGAGCACCGUGUACACCAACAAUGGCUCUGUGCUGCAGGGCACCUCCGUGGCCUCUGUGUACAAAGGGAAAAUCCUCAUAGGCACCGUGUUUCACAGAGCGCUGUACUGUGAGCUGUAGACCCCAGAUCGU